AAAUACUUAGGUUUUUUUUUAUAAAAACUAACUAUAAGUAUGAGCGGCACGCGUUUCUUCCUUGCCGACUUACCGGCGAGCACAACAGAGAAGGAUCUGCGUGGCCUCUUUCAGGAUUAUGGCCAGGUGCAGCGUGUGGAGCUAAAAACGAAGGAACAAUUCGUUGAUUCAGGACAAACAAUUCCAAAAAUUAUUGCAUUCGUGACGCUGCAGACAGAUGAUGCCGAAUACUGUCUUAACGAGCUUAAUUGGCAGCGCUUGCAUGGUAGCCAGUUGAAGGUCUCCCUGGCCAAGGAAUCCUUUUUGGAUCGUCUGAAGCGUGAGCGUGACGAACAACAGCAGCAGGAGCAGCCAGCGUAUAGUGAAGCAAAUCAAAGUAGUUCCCGCCUGCUGGUACAAAAUACGCAGAACAAACGGCGCGUUUUUGGCGAACACGAGGAGAUCAACGAUGAUGAAGUGGCGCCUGAGCUGUUGAUAACCAAGAAGCGUGCCGCCAACUCCAUUCACAAUGGCAAAAUUGUCAUCCAACAGGAACAUGAUGUGAAGCCGCUGCACAUCAUCGAGCAGCAAAAGAAGCCCAGCACCAAACAGCUGGAUGCCAAAGCCUCAAUUGCAGAUUCAAAGCGCAAAGAGUCGCUGAAUAAAAUGAAGCAGCAGCAUCAGCAAAAGAAGUCGCUCAUUCAGCAGGCAUUGGCCUCGGCCGAGGCCCCAACAUCGAAGCGCAUCAAGUUCAGCGAUGCCGAAGAGGACGAAGAGGUGGAGCAGAUUAAGGUGCAGAAGCCAAAGGGACGAGAUCUGUUCGACGAUGAGGAUGGCGAUGAGCAGGAGAAAGAGUUUGUCCUGCCUCAGCACAGUGGCAAAAAGGGCGAACGUCUGGUGGAAAUGCAAAGUAAACAGAGCUUGGAUCCCAGAUUUCGUAUAACAGCCAAUUUUGUGGGCGAAGACGACGACGAUCAGGAGCAGGAUGAGCCAGAGCAGACGGAGAACCCCCAGGACAACGAGCGCGAUUGGCAGAUGGGCAUUUUAGAGCAGGUGAUUGGCCGCAAAAUAGACACAGCCACUGCGACAGCGGCGAAGGUGGCCAAAAAUAAGAAAAUGUUGCGCUAUGAUCCGGCCAAAGAGGAGCACCAGAAGAUGGUGCGUGUCAAGGACAAGGACAAGGAGAAAGUCAAGCAACAGCCAAAGCAGAAGAACGAAAUGGCGCAGACAGAAGAAGAAGGUACCAAGCCAGCGCCAGUCUCACAGAGCUCCUUCUACGUGGUCACAGAUACGCUCAAGGAAUCGCUGAAGACGCGCGGUGAAGGCUUCAGCCUGCUGGAAAUGUUUGGCAGCAGCCAUGAGGAAGCGGUUGCACAGCGACAGGAUCAGCUAGAGAAGCUAGGCCAUGAAAAGAUAUUGGUCAAUAAGUCCAAUAAACUGGGUCUGGGUCAGGUGAAUCCAUUCAGCUACGACUCUUCCGAUAGCGAAGAUGAGGAGCAGCCGCAGGCCAAGGAAGAGGAGGAGGAGCAAUCGCAGGUGGCUAAGGAAAAUGAGAAGCCAGGCAAGCAGAAGAAAAAGAAGCCGAAAAUCUUUAUAGAAUCUUUCUUUAUACCGAAAAACGAUAUCAGACUUAAAGAAGGUGCCAAGUUCUUCAAGUCGAGUACAGCAGAGCUGGAGAACGAAAAUUAUGACCAGGUUAAAAAGCGUCUCAAAUUCCUCAUAACCAAGAAAAUCGCAAAGACACAGAAAGGUCCAGUUGGCAAAACUGUCAAGAAAAACAAAAAUAAAAAGCGA